AUGGUGGGUCAUAUAAUAGAUCAAAUUAUCCAGUUGAGAGUAGAAGUAUUCAACAAAGAAAUCAAUAACAAGUUGGCCACUACUGAAUGGAUCAAUAAUGGAAUUAUCAAACUUGGAGAGUACGAGAUGAGUAAAAUGACAAAUUUCUUGAUGGAAAACGAUGAAGUUGUUAUUGGAGUGUCCAAGGUUCAAUUCUACCGUAGGAAGAAUUGGCCAAGUUCUUGGUUUUUAAUCAAUAUGGUUAGUGGAUUGAAUACAAGAUCGUACUGGUGGGUAGCAAGAAUUAAAUCCAUCAACGGAGAUUGGAAGAUACAAUGGGUGCAAAUCAUCAAGUUUAAGGAAGACCAAAAGGGAGAAGAAAACGUGAACCUUGUUGGAGUUAAUCUGGAAGAAUUAAAUUAUAAAUUCUUUAGUGAAUUAUCUACAUUCUCAUCCAACAUGAUUAUUGACCAUAUGGUAUUGGAAGAAUUGAACUUGAGAAAGGUCAGAUUUUUGAAAAUUAAAAAGAGUGAAAAGGAAGUUCUUGAUAGAUUUAAUCUUAAACUUCCCGACGAAACUGGUACCAACAGUUUACAGACAAAUGUUGAUUCCUCAUUGGGAGGAGUACAUUAUGAAUCAAUGUUGUUAAUCCAUAAUGAUGAUUUACUACCAAUUUAUAAUUCUUCAAGUAGUUUGUUUUUAAAAGUACAAUUAGUGGGAAAGAAUGAAAUGUAUUUGAAAUUGUUUGGUAAUUUAAGAAACUUGAAAAUCAAAAGUUCAAAAGAAUAUGAGUUGAAGUUGAAUUUGAAAAUUGAUGAAGUGAAUAAUUUCUUUCAAGUUGACAAUACUGUUGAUUUACUUAGUGUUAUCAAUGAAUCAAAACAGAACUUGUUAGAUUUGAUUUUUAACACAUUAAACAAACUUAAUGAAUUAAUCAAGAUUUUGGACCAGUUAAGCAGGAAUAAGAUUACUAUAUUGGAUAAUUCCAUGGACAAUAUUACCAUCAAGGUUAGUGACGACAUCAACAAUUUAGUCAUUAAGCUUCCAGAACAAGCCGAUCAUUCAAUUCAGUUAGUUGCAAAAGAGGAAACUUCUUGGGAAAUUCAAUUAAUAUUGAAAUAUUUGAAUCAAUAUUUACAUGAACACAAGUCAAGCAAUAUAUUGGGUAUAAUCAAGUAUCUUCAUGAGAUCAAUCCAAUUAUCAAUUCGAAGAAUGUAAUUGCUGAACAAAUUGAAAAGAUGAGUAAAUCCACUAUGAAAUUAGCUAAUGGAUUAAGUAAGUUGAAUUUUGAUUUGGUAUUUUUCAACUUGAAUCAUUUGCAAUUUAUUUAUUUUAUCAAUUCAACCAUUUCAAACAUGAAGAAAAUUCAAAAGGAUAAAAUCCUCAUUAAUAUCAGUUUCAAGAGCUUGAAAUUUGACCAAAAAAAGAGAGAAUUGAUUAAGAUCUCUUUGAAGGAUAAUUUAAAUCCUAAGAAUAUGAAAUUCAAGAAAUUGUUUGAAAUUAUGUUUAAGAAUAUAAAUGAAUUAAUUGUUAACAAGAAUAGUACCAAUAAAAAGAAUCCAACAAUCAAUAUUCAUCCAAUUACGACUACUACAAGUAUUGAAGAUGAUUUGAUCAAUUUUGAUGCCAAUGAUUCUGAAGAUGACGAUAACGAAAAAGAAAAAGAAAAACCAAAUGAUGCAAGUGAUAAAGAGGAAGAACAACAACAGCUGGUUUUCAUUAAAUUGAAUUAUGAUUAUUUAAUCACUAAGGAUAAUUUUGGACCAAUAAUGAAUGAAAUCACAAAAAGUUUUAUUCAAUAUUUACAAGAAUAA